AACCUUCAAGAAGAGAUUCAACAGGGGCAGACUGUGAUUGAUCAAAUUAACAGUGAUCUAGUCAUUGUUCAGCGGCUGACUGAACGAACCCGUCCCAAACAAGUCAGACACUCAGAUGUAAAAAAAAUAGAAGAAGAUGUUAAGAAGAUCACGAAACGUUGGGAUAAUGGUUGCUUUCAAGUUGUGGAACGAUUAAGAAGUUGUGAAGCUGCUACAGAACUGCUAAGGAUGUAUCGAGCUAAAAUGGAGAAUGAUGAACAACCCUGGAUGAUGGACAUGUCUACUCGCAUCAAAAAUCUUAAACCAAUCAACUUAAUUACUCAUCCAGAAACUGAGAAACAAAUCCAAGAUGCCAUGGAGAUAUACAACACUAUAGCACAAAGAAAGUCUUCUAUUGAAGACACAAAUACAUUGGGAGGAAGAUAUGUUCGAGAAGCAAAAAUAUAUGACUUGAGAUUAAAACACUACAGAGAGAGCUUAGAAGAAGUCCACCCAAGUCUAGAUGCCAGCAUUCCCAAGAAGGCUAAAGUAGUGGUUGGUGCCGAUGAUGUCAGCCAAGAACUUGACAUCUUAAAUCAAAACUAUACAGAACUGGUAAACACAGUUCUAGAAUAUUUGAAUAAAUUACGAGAGCUUCUAUCGGAACACAAGGAUUAUAAGAGUUCCAUAACCAUCAGUCAUGCUGUUCCAAUUACUCCACGUUCAUUCCAUUCUGAACUGGUUAUGGACCAGGACUCUAGCCAAGAGCCAAAGGAUUUAGGUAGCUAUUAUUCUGAACAGGAAGGUUAUGAAAAAGUAACUCCGGACAAACAAAGAGAAACCCAAAAGAUAUUUACAUCUCUCACAGAAAUUCCUGGAGAGUCUGUAGAAAAGCUAAAGGAAGAUUUACAUUAUCCAAAGAAAAGGCAUUUGGAUACCACAGCUGUGAAAAUUAAAAAAAUCAGACCAACAAGAACGUUGAAAGAAGCUGAUGAUGAAACCAGUAAAGACUGCAUAACAACAGUGAAAGGAAUUGUCAAUCCAACAACAAGAGAGCUGCUAACAAUGGCUGAAGCUAUAACAUUAGGCAUCUUGAAUAUCAAGACUGGCCAAUACACUGACCUGAGAAGUGGAAAGAACAUGAACCUUCCGGAUGCAGUUUCGAAGGGACUGGUUGAUGACGACUUUAUGAAUCGUAUCACUGAAUCAUGUGGUAUUGUUGAUUUGAAGACAGGAAUAGAGUUAACUCUCAUUGAGGCCAUUCAGAAGGGCUUAUUUGAUCCUGAAAAGGGACAUUUUCUUCAUCCAAAGGAUGGAAGAGCUAUAUCUGUUGAUGAGGCUGUGAGAAUGGGUGUCAUCACAGAAAGUAAAGUGCUUACAUUGAUUGAAAGAAAAAUUUUCAAGUUGACCAUCAUAGAAGCUAUAAAGAAAGGAUUAUUAAACCCACAUACAGGACAGUUUCUAGACUCAAGGACCAAUCAGUGUAUGACUUUGAAAGAGGCCUUUGAGAAAGAGUUCCUACAAGUUCACAUGCCUGUGUGGAGUGAAGGAGGUUUACCAUUGACAGAUGCUAUAGAUAGAGGUAUUACAAACAAUGAAACAGGACAGAUAGUGGACGAGGAUUCUGGAGAAAGUUUCACCAUUGAUGAGGCUAUUCUUAGAAGUGUUAUAAGAAACAAUGUUUGUGAAGUGGUUAACACUGAAUCUGGUGAAAUUCUGUGUGUGCCAGAAGCACUUUCUCAAAAUGUCAUUAAUGCCCAAAUGGGACGAUUCGUCAGCAAAAAAACUCAAGAAAGGCUUACCUUCCAGCAAGCCUAUGAGAAACAUUUUCUAUUAAGACCACUAACCUUAAAAGGUGCACAUGAACAAGAAUUGUUGGAAAACACUGGAAAAGUGACCAAUCCAAUAACUAAACAAAGGCUGACAAUUCUUGAAGCAAUGGCUAAUGGAAUUCUAAACAUAGACGUCAAGUCAGUCAUUGAUCCAAAGACCGAGGAAUUGGUGACUCUCCCGGAGGCUUUCGAGAAAGGUCUUAUUACACCAGAUGGAGGGUUCAUAGACCUUACUGGAGAAGCUAUCAGCUUGACUGAGGCUGUUGAUAAAGGUCAUAUUACAUCAGUUUGCCACAAGAUGAUAUUUGAUGUAGAAGGAUUCAGGAAUCCUCUAACAGGAGAUACCAUAAGUUUCAAUACAGCAGUGACUAAGGAUUUUAUUGAUGUGAGAAAAAGAACAUUCAAAGAUCUCACAAGUGGGGAAACUAUGACUUUUGAGGAAGCAGCUACCAAGAAAUUUGUACAGCCCCAAAUAAGUGAAAUGAUAAACAGAAAAAUUGGGAUAGUAGACGAAAAAGGAAAAGAACUGACAGUUCUAGAAGCUGUAUUUGAAGGUUUAUUAGAUUCCAAAACAGGACUUGUAAGAGAACCAAAAACAAAGAGAUUACUUCCACUAAAAGAGGCAUUACAGAAAAAAAUAAUAACACCCGAAGGAGCAGCUGUUCUGAAAGGUUUGCUCAAUAUUACAGUAACUAUGGCAACAGUCACCAAGACAUUAACACAUUAUGUAACCGUAACAAGUCAGCGUGUGACUUCAGACAUUAGAAUCACCUUUGUAGAUGCAGUGAAAAAUGGAUUAGUUGACGAGACUCGUGAAACUUUUAAAGAACCAAACACUGGAGAGAUUAUGCCUUUGGAAGAAGCAUUCAAUAGAGGAAUAUUAGAAUUACCAUCUGAAGGGCUAAUUGAAACAUCAGAAGAAAUUCCAGCAUAUCCCACCGAGACAUUUACGAAAAUGAUUCGGAGGACUAUUAUAACCCACUCAGAGAAGCCAUCACUAUCUUCUGAAAAAGAGUCACCUACAAAGGAAACUGAGAAAGCACCAGUUAAAGGAAAAACACCUUCUCCAACUAAGGAGAAACCAGAAAGAGAAUUAACAUCUCCAACUAAAGAACCUGAAGAAAAGGUACCUUCUGCUACAGAGAAAACACCAGUGAAGGAAAAAACACCUUCUCCAGCUAAGGAGAAACCAGAAAGAAAAUUACCAUCUCCAACUAAAGAACCUGAAGAAAAGUUACCAUCUGCUAUAGAAAAAUCACCAGUAAUGGAAGAAACACCUUCUCCAGCUAAAGAACCUGAACAAAAGUUACCAUCUGCUGUAGAAAAAUUACCAGUAAAGGAAGAAACACCUUCUCCAACUAAAGAAGAAGAAAGAAAAUUACAACUCCCAGCUAUACAACCUGAAAAGGAAACACCAGUUAAAGAAAAAACACUGUCUCCAACAAAGAAGAAACAAGAAAGAAAAUUACCAUCUCCAACUAAAGAAGAGGAAAGAAAAUUACCUCUUCCAGCUACACAACCUGAAAUGGAAACACCAGUUAAAGAAAAAACACCUUCACGAACUAAGAAGAAACGAGAAAGAAAAUUAUCAUCUCCAAUUAAAGAGGAGGAAAGAAAAUUACCUCUUACAGCUACACAACCUGAAAUGGAAACUCCAGUUAAAGAAAAAACUCUUUCUCCAACUAAAGAACCUGAAGAAAAGGUACCAUCUGCUAUAGAGAAAACACCAAUUAAAGAAAAAACACCUUCUCCAACUAAGGAGAAACCAGAAAGAGAAUUAACAUCUCCAACUAAAGAACCUGAAGAAAAGGUACCAUCUGCUAUAGAGAAAACACAAAUGAAGGAAAAAACACCUUCUCCAACUAAGGAGAAACCAGAAAGAGAAUUAACAUCUCCAACUAAAGAACCUGAAGAAAAGGUACCAUCUGCUAUAGAGAAAACACAAAUGAAGGAAAAAACACCUUCUCCAACUAAGGAGAAACCAGAAAGAGAAUUAACAUCUCCAAUUAAAGAACCUGAAGAAAAGGUACCAUCUGCUAUAGAGAAAACACCAGUUAAAGAAAAAACACCUUCUCCAACUAAGGAGAAACCAGAAAGAAAAUUACCAUCUCCAACUAAAGAACCUGAAGAAAAGGUACCAUCUGCUAUAGAGAAAACACAAAUGAAGGAAAAAACACCUUCUCCAACUAAGGAGAAACCAGAAAGAGAA